AUCGCGUUCGGUGUGAACACACGAUGCUUUAUCCCUCACUAUGCACUGAUAUGAUGAAGUCAGACUCACACAUGCUGAGCAACUGAGUUCAGUGACCCUACAGUCUAGUUUAGGAGCUUAUUUAAUCUGCAAAAUAGUGAGAAUGAAUCCAAAAUGAUCAACUUUUCUAUGAAAAACAAAGAUAAAAGAAAUUGAGUUACUUUAUCAAUCAAAUGUAAUUGAAUUUCUCACUCGUUUAGGAUUUAGUUUAACUCUCUGCUGCAUGUGCUCACAUGUUUAAAUGACUGUAAUCUGAUAGAAAAGUGACCCUUUCCUUUUCUGUUACAAAGUAUCCACCACCUGCUGGUUGCUCCGUGUUUUCCCGUGACAGAAGUUUCUAGGUUACGGAGAAGAUGUCGCAAUGAUACGUUUCCUCGCCGUUAAUCUGCGAUUGCUCAGGGUCUGGGAUUGGGCCUUGACCUUCAGGUGCUGCGGGUUAAUCCCGUUAGCCCCGCGGGCAUCCGCUGUGAAGAUCUCAGCAGAUCUGUGCCGGCUGUGCCACACUCUAGAUCUCUGUACCACCGGCAUGCAGAACCACCUGUAGGCACGCAGGAUGUUUAACUGGGUGGUGAAAGUGGUUCCCCAGCCUCCUGAUGCUGUUGGGACAGACGAUGCUGCCAAGACCCCUGAUGCUCCAACCAAAAAUACAGAGGCUGCAGUGAAGACACCCACACUGAAAAAUGCAGACGAGGUUUCAGAGGACGGCCAAGCGCAGACUGGAGUAUUAGGCUGGUUGUCUAAUGGGUUCGUCAGCGCGCUCCCACAGCCUGCGGGCACCCCCCGACUCAGCAGAGCCAACUCUGAAGCCAAGUCCGGAGAAGAUGGAGACAGGUCUGGAGUGAUCAACUGGGUCACUCAGGGUCUGACCAAAGUGCUGCCUCAGCCUGACGACAAGUACAGAGAGACUGAGAAGGACGAGGAACACACAGAGGUGUGUGACGUAGCCACGAUGCCAGAUUUCGACCCACUUCCCCACAUCCCUGUGGUGGAGAUGGUGUCAGACGACGAGGUGUCGGACACAGAGAGUUUGACACCUCACUUUCCUCCCAAUGUGGUGACCUGGAUAAAGCAGAUAGUUCCUCAGCCGGUCAUACUGCCCCCUGGUGCUGUGCCCGUGGAACCGUCAACCAAGUCCUCCCGCACGUCUCUGGAUAAAAUGCUUCAUGUUGUCUGCUCCACAGUUCUGUCUCCACCACCUGAAUCGCUCAGUGGAAUCUCACUGGAUACUGAAAGCAAGGCCUCUGGUGUGGUGAACUGGUUUGUGUCAGGGCUGGGUCUGAAGAUGCCUCAGCCUGUUUCUCCAUCCAAGGAUGAAGCUCAUACCGUACCUGAAGUCAUUCAGAAAGCAUCAGCCAAACUCAAACCAGACAUGGUGCUGGAAGACGUAGAGUCAGACAACGAGGGGCAGCAGAAACGUGCAGAUCCUCCCAAAGCUCAAGCUCCGUCUGCAUCCCUGGUUCCACCAUCACCCGCAACCCAGCAGCAACAGGAAGUGACACAAUCCUCACAGUCGCUUUCAGUGGAGUCACAGAAAUGCAGUGACGCCCCUCCGAAGCCACAGCCAUCAGAGAGUGCCACAAAAGUAUCUCUGGAAGAUGCAGAGACCCAGACAGGCCGCUGGACGCCGUUUAUUGAAAACAUCAAGAAGGAGGCUGAAGGGGUGGCGUUGGCUACCAUGGAGGAGCGUCUGCUUCAGGAGAGGAUGGAGAUGGCCCGGAUGGCUGAAGAGGUUGCCAGGCAGACAGCUGAGAUGGCUAUUAGACAGAUGGCCAGUGAGGGACAGUCCAUCAAGCUCUCACUGGGGAGUCAAGAACUGCUGGAGGAGCCUGAAGCUGAGCUGCCGGUGCCGCUAGAAGAGGAGAGCGAGGUGGAGAUCAGCAAAGCCCCAGAGAAGAACGAGAGCCUUCGUCAGGAGGAGAAGAAAGUUGAGACUGAGGAGCCCACCGUCAACGAGCCAGAGCCGCAGGAGGAAGCCUCGACCUCACCGCCUCCAAGCAGUGAGCCAGUGGAGAUUUCUGAGCCUAAGCCAGAACAAGCACCAGAAGCAGAAGCAGAAACCAAGACCUCAGAAGCUCCUCCAGAAGCUGAGCCCAUCACUGAGCAGCCGCAGAAAAACGAAGACGACGGUCAAACUGCUAACGCUGACAAGGCUCCUGAAAAGGAGGAGGAAGCUACUGGGGAUGACUGCGGUGAGAGCUCCAACAUCAGCCUUCGCCCAGCUGUUAAUGUAGAGGAUGUUGACUCUGAUCAUGAGAAGGGAGGAGGAGCAAAAGGAGGAGGAGGAGGAGGAGAAGGGGAAGAACAAAUCCCCCAAAUCCUCACCCCACAGGACCCAAAGCUUACAACCCUCACUGUUCCUGUGACCCCUUCAGGAGGUCGUCAAAGUAAAGGAGAUAAAGAUAGUGGAAGGAAUCACAGGAGUGUCUGGACAAAGAUCAGGAGGCUUCAUUCUGAAAGUGAGGAUGACGAUGAAGAGGGAAACACCCCCGUCAGAGCCUGGCCCAGCCAGUCCAGCCUGCACAGCACAGACGACGUUCUGAAAGAACGUCCAGCAUCUUCUGCCAGUCAGACCAGCACGGUGGUCAACGAGAGACUUCAGGAGCUCGUCAGGAUGUUCAAGGAGAGAACGGAGAAGGCCAAGGAGAAACUCAUCGACCCAGACAGCUCGGAUGAAGACAGCAUUAUCACCUCUCCUCCUCAGCCUCCAGCUGCUCAGCUCGCUCCUGGAGCUCAGCCGCCAGAUGAGAAAGAGACGCAAGCAGGUCCGUCAGGAGGCGGAGGAGUAGAGAGUGGAACAGAGGAGGAGCAUCCUGGCCGUUGCUGCAAGGUGAAAACACCUUGGUGGAUACGAGCCUGUGUGCGAUUCCGUUUCCCCGCCAGCAUCGACCCUUUCACCAACCUGAUGUACGUGCUGUGGAUGUUUUUGGUAUCUCUGGCCUGGAACUGGAACGUGUGGUUCAUCCCGGUGCGCUGGGCCUUCCCCUACCAAACCCCGGACAACAUUUACUACUGGCUGUUAACCGACUACCUGUGUGACCUCAUUUACAUCCUGGACAUCGCUGUUUUUCAGCCGCGCCUGCAGUUUGUGCGUGGAGGGGACAUAGUGUGUGACACAAAGGAGAUGAGAAAGAAUUACAUGAAAACCAAACGUUUCAAGUUUGAUGUGGCCAGCCUUGUUCCCCUUGAGCUCUUCUAUUUUAAAACUGGCAUCAACCCUCUGCUUCGCUUACCACGGCUGCUGAAGAUCAACUCCUUCUUUGAGUUCAAUGAUCGUCUGGAGGCCAUCUUGACCAAAGCCUAUAUCUACAGGGUGAUUCGUACCACCACCUAUCUUCUUUACUGUCUGCACUUUAAUGCCUGUCUCUACUACUGGACCUCUGACUUCAUAGGACUGGGACUGACUCAGUGGGUGUACAAUGGCGAGGGUAACAGUUACAUUCGCUGUUACUACUUCGCAGUGAAGACCCUGAUUACCAUUGGGGGUCUGCCAGAUCCCACCACCCUGUCUGAGAUCAUCUUCCAACUCAUCAACUACUUUAUCGGAGUCUUUGCUUUCUCAAUCAUGAUUGGACAGAUGCGUGAUGUUGUUGGUGCAGCUACAGCAAGUCAAACCUACUACCGGAGCUGCAUGGACAGCACUAUUAAAUACAUGUCCUCCUACCGCAUCCCGAGAGACGUCCAGAACCGUGUCAAAACCUGGUAUAACUAUACCUGGCAAUCACAAGGCAUGCUGGACGAGCAGGAGCUGCUGAAUCAGCUGCCAGAUAAAAUGCGUCUGGACAUAGCGAUAGAUGUCAACUACUCCAUUGUGAGCAAAGUCCCUCUUUUUCAGGGUUGUGACAGACAGAUGAUUUUCGACAUGCUGAAAAGCCUGCGCUCUGUCGUCUACCUCCCAGGGGAUUAUGUCUGCAAAAAGGGCGAGGUGGGUCGGGAGAUGUAUAUCAUAAAGGCAGGAGAGGUGCAGGUGGUUGGAGGCCCAGAUGGGAAGACUGUAUUUGUCACUCUUAGAGCGGGAUCAGUCUUUGGAGAAAUCAGCUUGCUUGCAGUCGGCGGGGGUAACAGGCGCACAGCCAAUGUGAUUGCUCAUGGCUUUGCCAAUCUAUUCAUCCUGGACAAAAAAGACCUGAAUGAGAUCCUGGUCCACUAUCCGGAGUCCAAGAAACUGCUGCGCAAGAAAGCCAGGAAGAUGCUUAACAAAGGAAAGAAACCUGAAUCUAAAGAAGAGGCUAAGGAACCCCCUCAGGUACCAGCAGCUCCUGUCAGGGCAGAGACGCCCAAACUGUUGAAAGCAGCUCUUGAGAUGACGGAGAGAUCGUCGGGACUUAAAGGAGCUUUGGCAAAAGUCAAAGAGAAGACGAACAAGUCCAGCAUCUCCUUACAGCCGUCGAUCUCCUCCCCCCUCCCCCCUCCAUCCCCCGCCUCCAGCUUGGAACCUGACAGGGAAGUGGACACGCCGUCACCCAUGUCUGCCGGCUCUCCGACAUUUCGCUCUGCUUCCCGGUGUCGGUACUCUGCGAUGCCUCAGUCACCCUCUGUGUGCCACAGUGACACAGUCACAAAGGAGCCAAUCGGUGAUGAUGAAGGAAACGGGAAGAGGAAAGAAAAAAAGUCGUGAUUACUUUCUAUUUAGUUCAAUUUAUUUUCAGUUAUAUAGCGGCAAGUCCCAAUAGCUGCUGCCUCAAGGCUCUUUAGACUUUAGGGUAAAACUAUGAUAUUAGAGAGAAAACCUCAAUAAUCAGGUUUCCCCCCCCCUAUGAGCAAGCACUGUGGUGACAGUGGGAAGGAAAAACUCCCCUUUAACAGGAAGAAACCUCCAGCAGAACCAGGCUCAGGGAGUGUCUCAAUACAUACAUACAUACAUACAUACAUACAUACAUACAUACAUACAUACAUACACACGAUUUCCGGCCCAUUUUCCUCGUCUACACAGAGUUUACGUGACUAAAUUCAUUGUAGCUACGAUGAGUAAAUUCUGCAGGAUUGAACUUGUUGUCUUUCUGUGAAACAGGAAAGGACAAAAUGUUUUUGCUGUUGUUGUCUGCUGAAUGUUUACGGAUUCUUUUGUAAACUUGAAAGUACGAUAUGCCUUAAAUGUCUGACUCUGUGUUGUGUUGGUGUAAGUUGAUUUGAACAAAGAUACUGGGUAAGGUUGUAGCAACAUCUCUUAACUGCAGUAUAUGUUACACUUUGCUUUACAAUUACAUAUAUAUUAUGUAUCAAACAGUUUAUCACUAUUUACUAAGAUGUAGCCUACUGAUGUAAUUAACCUUACUACAGUUGAUCUUUUUAUGUUCAUGUUUUCUUUUCUUUUGUACAAUAAUGUAAAUAUAUUUUUUUAUUUAUAUAGCUCGCACACAGUUUAAUUUUAAGUCACUGUGCUGUUUGUGUUGUCACAAGACGUACAAUAACUUUAGAAAUGCGAAAUGUUUCAUUUGUGCUGUAAAUGCUUAAUAUAGUCGCACAGCAGUACUUUUGUAUAGAUGUACUAACUGUAGCCACAAACCAGCUAACCACACUGCCAGACGAUCUAUAGAAAGGAAUCUGUGUCUUCAGUAUCAUCAACAAAGGCCUGUUUUUUCGAGUUAAUUUUAUUGAAAUAAAUAAAUUUUAGCAUCUGUCCUUGUCUUUGACUUGUAUUAAAGGUAAAAAGAAAAAAAAAGACAUCCUGAAAAGUUAAAACCACAAACUGAAACUAAACUAGAUGAACUAAACAGGAAACAACAGGAUGUGAAACCAGUUAGUUCUGGUGGCUGAAACAGCUAACCACAGACCAGGAUCUGGUUCUUGGUUCACUCAAGUUCAAAUCAAGAACAAAUUUGACAUACAUUUUUACUUGAUGCACUUCCUGGUGUUUGUUCCAACAUAUUUUAACUUUACUGAUACUAAACUGGAGGUUUGUAGUAUUUGUUGGGGGGAAUGGGGCUUGAAUGAUAAAUCUAGUUAAUCGGGAUCUUUCCGUUUUCAUUUUCUUUUCUUUUUUUGCAGGUCAAUACAUGGGUUAAUUAAUUCUUAAUGGCCAAUCCCAAAAGUUAAGUUGCAGUCUUCUAUAAGACACCUGUCAUACAGGGGGGGGGAUUUUUCUGCAUGAAGUAAUUUUAAACGUUUUUGCAUUUUCACUGCGGAUAUUUAGUAUUUUUACGGCGUGUUAUUGACCCACAGUCAUAUCUGUUCCAUUUUUGAACUGAUCAUCACCUGCAUUCAUGUAUAUAUCUAUCUGCUUAGCACUUUUAAUUUUUAUUUGUAUGUUUAUUUAAGUGUUGUCUUACAGUAUGUUUUGCACCAAGUACCGAAGCAAUUUCCUAAUGUUGUAAACCUGCUCAACAUUUGGCAAUAAAACCCUUUCUGAUUCUGAUCUAA